UUUGUAUUUGUUGAUGUAUACGGUGUAAAACAGAACGAAGAAUAGUAUCGUGAGAGUACGCAACGUAACGAUGGAAAAGUAUGGUGAAUUACCGGACAUUGAUGCGAGUGCGCAGGAUGUGUUUGAGACAUCGGACGUAGAGAGUGUCGAUGGUGGAGGGCCGGACAAUGAGUCUAUCAGUAGUGAUAUUGCCGGUGACAGUGUAGAUGUAUCGGUAUCAAAGAACAAAUUCAAUCAGUCAGGUAUACCUGACGUGUCCGGAGUCAACUUUCUGGGGUCAGUAGAUCGAAAGCAAUUGGGUCGAACAGGUUAUGUGUUGUAUGAUGGUGGACAAGAAUCGAGAGAUGAAAAGCUUGCUCGUAUACGUCGAGAGCUAGACGAGUUAAGUAGUGAAUCCGUAGAUUCAGAGGGUAGUGAUAUAGAUAGGUUAGUGACUCGCUUAGAGGAAUUAUCUCAGGGUAAAGAUGAAAAUAAGAGUAGUAGUACAGAUCAUAGUGAUAAGCUCAAGGCAGUAUUUCAGACCAUUACUGACAAAGUUAAUGGAGGAAAUGUUUCAUCUAGCACCGAACCCUGGAUGGCAGUUAAUAGUACCGAAACGUUAGAACUUGAAUCCAGAUUAACUAAGAUAGAACAAUUGAUAGGAUAUGACUCAUUAACAGCUGUAGAUCGAGUAACUGAUGAGGGUAAAUCCCUUGGAGCUCGUGUUAAAGAACUUGGCUUAAAGGUGGGUAUAGUGGGUAAUCCUGAAUAUAGCAUAGAGAAUAUCAAGAAUCAAGUCAGUCAAGUCAGAGCUGAUAUGGAAGCUUACGAUAAGGAGAGAAGAUUGCAUCAACUAAAGAUCAGUACUGAUGGAGCAGUAACUCCACCCACCAUUCCUAUAGAUGAUAAGAAGAUUAGUGAACUUCAUGAACGACUUGGUGAAUUUGAUAAAGUCAAUAAGAUAGUUCCAUUGGUGGUGACAAGAUUAAAGUCAUUACAUUCUGUUCAUAGUGAUAUGGCUACUAGUAUCGCUAGUGUUAGUCUGUUAGACGAAGUUAUAAGUAGUAUCAAGAGUGAGCUUACAGCAUGGAAUAGUCUGAUUGACCUGUUAAAUGAUAGGCUCGAUAAAGAGAGUUCAGCCUAUGAAUCUAACAAGGUGCAUAUAGUUAGUGAAUUACAACAGUUGAAAGAUAAGGUGAGUCAGCUAAGUAGUCAGUAACUCAUAGUAACAGUAAUUAGCACUAAAUAAGUAAUACUAAGUAAUACUAAAUAAUACUAAAUGAUACCAAC